UCGUGCUCGUCUCGUAGCAAACGCUCUACGGUUAUCCUCUGUCCGCAUUCGCUCCUCUAUGGUGCCGUCUCUGGGUAUUUAUUUCAUUAUUCGGCGUUUUUAAGUUUGUCAGGAUGGAAGUGAACAAGGAUGAAGCGGAGAGGUGCAUCGAGAUCGCGCUCGGUGCGCUGCAGAGCGCGCAGCAGGAGAGAGCGCGCCGGUUCCUGGAGAAAGCGCAGCGUCUUUUCCCGACGCGCAAAGCGCAGGAGUUGCUGGAGAGUCUGAACAGAUCUCAGAACGGCUCUAAUGAGGCUGCUGAUGGCACAGGAACACGUCAGCGCUGUUCUGGGGUUAGCAGUAACGGCACAGCCCCUGGAGACAAGAGAUCAGACUCCAAAUCUUACACACCUGAGCAGGCCGAUGCUGUCCGAAGAAUAAAGCAAUGCAAGAACUUCUACGAGACUCUUGGAGUGCAGAAGGAGGCGUCAGAAGACGAUCUUAAGAAAGCCUACAGAAAACUGGCGUUAAAGUUUCACCCUGAUAAGAAUCAUGCUCCGGGGGCGACCGAGGCAUUUAAAGCCAUAGGAAAUGCAUAUGCAGUUUUAUCUAAUGAUGAAAAGAGACGACAGUAUGAUCGCUUCGGUGAGGAGAGAAGCAGCGCAGGCAGAUCCAGCCACACAAACACACACUUUCAGGCCGAUAUCUCACCUGAAGAUCUCUUUAAUAUGUUCUUCGGAGGCGGAUUCCCUACAAGUAAUGUUCAUAUGUACAGUAAUGGAAGAAUGCGCUACAACCAGCAGCAGGGCGAGGGUGGAGAACACAGAGGGGGUGGUCUUGCUCUUCUCAUGCAGUUGAUGCCCAUCCUGAUCCUGGUCAUUGUAUCAGCAUUGAGUCAAAUGAUGGUGACUAACCCCCCCUACAGUCUCAGCUUCAGACCGUCAGCGGGACACACACACAAGCGUGUCACGGAACAUCUGGUCGUGACGUAUUACGUGAGCGAGCGCUUCAGUCAGGAGUUCAGUGGAUCGAGACUGAAGCAGGUGGAGAGCAACGUGGAGGACGAUUACAUCUCCAACCUGAGAAACAACUGCUGGAAAGAGAAACAACAGAAGGAGGGAUUGCUGUACCGUGCGCGGUAUUUUGGGGACUCUGAUUUAUUCCAGCGGGCACAGAGAAUGGGAACCCCGAGCUGUUCUCGGCUCUCUGAGGUUCAGGCAUCUCUACAUGGAUAAAGGUCACUAUCUCUGCACUACCUGGUUCCAAAAACACUGCAGUCUGGAAUAUGGAAGAAUGCAAUACAGAUUGUAAAUACACGUGCUUCUUCAACAGACUUGAGAACUGUAGAGUUUUACUAGAAAACACUUCAGAAGAGGGCUGAGUGUAUGUGUGUGUGCGUGUGCGUGUGCGUGUGCGAGUGUAUGUGUGCGUGCGUGUGAAUGUGCGGUGGAUGUGUAGAUUUUUUACAGUCUAAUGUUCUGUUAUGAAUGAAAGAUCUCUGCUGGAGUGUCAGGAUAUAAAGAAUCAGGUUCAUCACCAUUCAACAGAUUGGGGAUCCAAUGAAAACAUCUGCGUAUAUGUAUUUAUUUAAGUGGGUUUAGAUCAAGAUUAUGUCCUUUCGAAUGAUUUAUAUUUAUAUGUUUGAGAUUGAUCUAAGCAGGGAUUUAUGGAUGAAAUAGUGGAGUAAAUGUAAAUGUUAGGAGUGACUGCUGUACACAUUAUUUAUUAAAAGAUCACAUAGGACUAUUUAUUUCGUAUGAUGUUUUAUUUUCUACACGACUUUGUGGAAACAUUUCACUCCUGACACAAUACAAAUAAAGCUUGUUUGUGCUUCUC